CAGUAUGACAUGCAGAUGAGUGCCGUCGAUCUUAGAAUCACCGCACACUUCACUCAUUUGGCCAGUCACGGAGCCAAAACCAGUGUUUGGAGCCACAGUGUGGCGGUGGAGGCAGCAGCAAUGGGAGGCCAUACAGCAACCUAUGACAAAAUGGAAACCAGCAGGAGUGUGAGGAGACCUGAAAGUGGCACAUGGCAGAGUGGGAGCAAUGGGAGGCGGUACAGGGACCCAGGUCACACUGUGGGCUCAGCAGCAGCCAUGAGGAGUCGGGUACGGGGGCCCAUGGCAGAUUAUGUGCCUGGCAGCAGCAAUGGG